AUGGCUGGUGAUGAGGGGAGGGACGGGUGCUGUGUUCUGGGGAGGGUGAUGAGUCUCUCCGACAUGGUACUGGGGUUCUUUGAGAACGGGGAAGGAAACCCAGAGAGCUACCGCGACGGCGGCAGCGAUUCUGGUGACAUAGAGGGCGGCAGCAGCGACGAGGGAUCCGACGGUUUUGGCAGUAGCGUCGGCGCUGAGGAGCGCAAGGCCUUCUGGGAAUCACAGCACCAGGUCCUCCAGGUACAGUCCGAUCCGACCUAGGUUUUCACAUUGAUUCUUCUUCCUCUAUGGGCGAUGGCGUGCUGACGAAAGUUAUAUUUUUUUCUUGGUUCUUCAUCCAGGUUUUACUGUCUAGGAAUAGUUCCCUUGAGACGCAGAUACGCCGGGAGACGGAGGCCGCGAUACGGCAUCUGCGGUCAGAAGCUGGAGCAUGCUCCUGCUCGAGAAACGCCGCCAACGAGUGCCGGGAAUGCUUGUUGAGAGGGGUCACGGAACGCCUGAGGGAUGCCGGCUACAACAGCGCUGUCUGCAACUCCAAAUGGAGAACUUCUUCCAGCAUACCGAAGGGUACUCCUAUCGUCUCUCUCAUCAAUUUAUGUGCAGAUCAUUAAAAGGAGCAUUCUUUCUUUAUCCCGCAACGAACAAUCGACACUGACGACGAUCUGUUUCUUACCAGGCGAGCACACCUACAUCGACGUCGUCGAGGCGGCCGAUGGGACCAAGGGACCCGUCAGAGUGGUGAUCGAGGUCUGCUUCCGGGCGGAGUUUGAGAUGGCUAGGGCUAGUGAGGAGUACAGACGCCUCGUCUACCGCCUGCCGGAGGUGUUCGUAGGAAAGCCAGAGAAGCUGCGGGGGGUGAUCAAGACUGUCUGUGCCGCCGCAAAGAAAUGCAUGGAGGACAACAAGAUGCACAUGGCUCCAUGGAGGAAGUCCAAAUACAUGCAGGCUAAGUGGCUCACCCCCUGCGAGAGGGAACCGCCUAGAGCGGCGCUCUCCCCUACGGAGGCCGCCUUCUCCGCUAAUCGGCACCGCAAGCCACAGGCCUCCAUGCUAACCUUCGACCUUCUAGAUAAGCUACCUGGCCUACAUUGGCCAGCAGUGCGAGUACUGUGA